GUAAUCACGAUUAAUUAAUCACGAUUUUUUUAUCUGCUAUCUCAAUCAAUGCGGCUUGUGAUUUUUUGCAGCUUGUGAUGACCGUUUUUGUUACGUUUUUCUGGAAGAAAAAGGACUGCAACGAGUACGCCUGCUUCCCAAAGGUUUUGAUGCAACUAUAACUCAGAGUGUGGUGGGGCUGAGCAAAGUUAUGGAAAUCGAAAAACUGAAUUUGUGUAACGCUGCAUCGGAUCGUUCUGUGCUUGCCCGAGCGUUUUAUCUUUUUUCGAAAGCUGAACUGGCCGAAGCUGAUGCUGCAGUGCGUGAGUUGUUGGAGAAUCGGCAUACUGGAAUUGCAAAGUUAUGUACAGAGUAUGCGAUUGAUCUCGUCGAUGAUAUUCCAAAUGAUGAGCGCUGGAAGAGCAUGGGCCUGUCAUCAACGUGUAUGUUUUGUUUUUAUGCUUUUUUUUUGCAUCUAUGCAAUGCAGAAAACGCAUAUUGACG